CGCACGCCCAACCUCGCCGAGAAAACCAGAACAACCCUCCCUCGGCUUCCCCCCGUUCACACGCGAUGGCUCCUCUGCUCCUGCUCCUGCUCCUCUUCCCCGUCCAGCUCCAGCUCCUGCUCCUCCUAGCCGUAGCCGACGCCGUCCCCGGUCUCUGCGCCAGAGCCACAUGCGCCGGCCAUGUCAUCCAGUACCCGUUCUGGCUCAACUCCUCGGCGCCCGACUGCGGCCACCGCCACGGGAUCGGCCUUGUCUGCGAGGGCAACUCGACGCUGACCCUCCCCUACAUGUCCCACAGAUACGUAGUGUCCAGCAUCGACUACAAGACGCGUACCGUGCUGGUCUCGGACGCCGACAUCGGCGACGAGUACGACGCGGCCGGCUGCCCGCGUGUCCGGGUGAACCUCACCAUCGACACCGCCUGGCUGCGGCCCGCGGCCUCCGACGCCAACAUCACCUUCCUGUACGACUGCAAGAAGAGCAUCACCCUGCCCUCCGCCGUGGAACUGAGUGGGUGCCAUUGGCAACAGCAGCAGCAGCAACAGGAUUAUUGCCGUAGGUCGUACGUGCUGCCGGACGGCGGGAUCACGGGCGCGGAGGCGCACCAGUACGGGUGCGAGGACGUGGUGGUGGCGCCGGUGCUGGACGCGCACAGGAGGGAGAUCCUGGGCGCGCCCCCGGCGAACGGAUCCCUCCGCCGGGUGCUGCAGGGCGGGUUCGAGCUGAACUACGACACCCACUCCGAGCUGUGCGACCGGUGCGGGGCCUCCGGCGGGUGGUGCGGCUACCGACGCGACGAGGCGCCCGCCGCCGGCGCCGGCGGCGGGCUGACGUUCGCCUGCUUCUGCGACGGCGGCCCGACGACCACGGGCCUGUGCGGUGCCGGUACGUACGUACGUAUGUAUGUCUCCUCUUCACUCCCCCAGCGUUACAAUUUACUUACUUCUCUUUGAGUUCCUGCUGUUUGCUUUGCUUUCUGCUGGGGUGUGGGAAUGGGAUGCGGUGUGUCCGUUUGACGUUUGUUCGUUUGAGGUUGGGCGGGGGCGCAUGUUUUUCUUCGUUCGUUUUAUGCUCCAACUAUCUGUGGACUGCUAGUCCUAGCAAUGGACGAGCCUGCUUUGGGCAUGUUUGGUUCAGCUUUUUUCUGACCAACUUUUUCGAGAAUCUAGCUGUGGGGAGAAUCUGGCUGUGUAGGGAAUUUAAGUAUCAUUAGGAUUACGUGCGAAAGAAGAUAAAAUUGUCCAUGGGGCUCAGGAUCUAUAAAGUGACGGAUUACUACUAUUGCGACGACUCAACCGAUUAUAUGUUUAUAUUGAUUUUUAAUGGUUUUUACUCAAACGAAUUUUAUAGAAGCUGGCUGAAAAGCUGAGUGUUUGGUAGUUCGUAACAGCUUUUGGUGGCCAGAAACUGCAAAAAGUCAAAACAAACAGGGGCUUUGUGUUCAGUCUCAGUAGUUUGUAGUUCGCGGUGCGCCGCGCCGCGCUCAGUUGUUGCCUGGACUGGAGUGUGGAAAAUUCCCCAGUCCGAGUCAAAACCAGGAGCGGGGCCCGAACAGCAAAUGGACAAGCGGACACGGCAUAGCGGACAAGCCUUCGCCUGCUCUGCCUUCAGCCAUUCACCCAUUCAGGAAAACGACCGACGUCUGACGGGACUGGAGCACGCGCGUCAUUCGGAUCGGAACAUAUCUUUCAGAAGGAAAUAAAAAAAUCUCGACUGGAAACUUGGAAGGUCCGCAAGGUCGGUUUCAUUUCAUGGCAGCGGAAGAAACUGUAGGGUCUUCAGUCUAUUGGUCCUCGACCCCGUGUUGGAUGGAUCUCCGACCAACCGUUACCUGUUACGUUUGGUUUGGUAGUACUGAGAGUGAGACCUCGGCAUGUAGAUAUUUCUAUAUAUAAAUAAUCGUAAUAGUGUUGAGACGUUAUUAUAGACAUGGGUUAUUUAAUUAUCUAUCUUGGUCGUCAUCAAUGUUAAAUGCUCAUGAAUAUUC